GAGGGGUUGAGAAAGAGAGGCCGAAAUCGAGAAAAAGCGAGAAAGAGAGAGGGAGAGAAAGAGCGCGCACGCGGAUAUUUUUAAAGAGGCGCCGACGGGGAAGAAGAGGCCGAAAGAGAGUUUGCAAACCCCCUCGCAAACCCUCUCGCAAACCGUCUCGUUCUUGGCCAUGUCGCCGUUCUCGUGAUCGGGCUCCGGAAGGUGCGCUCUUCGUUCUCUCCCCUGGCUGUAUGUGAAUUAUACAGUGUGCCACUCCGGCGCUCUCCCCGCUCGCCCCCGUCCCUCCCCCUCAUUUGUCGCCACGCGCGUACAUCCGCCCGGUGUGUUGUGUGUCUGUGCGGCACGUAUGCGUGGGGUUCGCACGACCGAUAGAUAAAUGUCUCGCAGUCAUGCCCGCCGUGCGGAAGUACCGAAGGGAUACCAGCGAGGUGAGCUGCUGCCUCAAGUACGUGAUCUUUGGAUUUAACGUCAUGUUUUGGUGGCUCGGUCUGGGCAUCAUGGCAGUGGGCGUCUGGGCAUGGACCGAAAAGGACACCUUCAACAACCUGUCCCGCCUCACGAACGUCGCACUCGAUCCAGCAUUUAUCCUCAUUCUAGUCGGUACGGUGACAUUUAUCAUCGGUUUCACGGGAUGCGUCGGCGCGCUACGGGAGAACACAUGCCUCCUCGCCGCGUACGCGAUAUUUUUGGCGCUUCUCUUGCUGAUGGAAAUGACUGCCGGUGUUCUGGGGUUCAUCUUCAAAGAUUGGAUAAAAUCACAAGCUACGGGGGGCUUCCAAGCGUUCAUCAUCCACUACAGAGAGGAUCCCGAUCAGCAGAACCUCAUCGAUUGGAUUCAAGAAGAUUGGUUGCAGUGUUGCGGCAUCGAGGGCCCGAAGGAUUGGGACCGCAACAAUUAUUUCAAUUGUUCGUCGAGCGACAUAGGCUCGAGGGAAGCGUGCGGCGUGCCUUUUAGCUGUUGCAAGCGAAAACCUAAUGAAAUCAUUAAAAAUAAACAAUGCGGUUAUGACGUAAGAAAGCCCAGUUACACGGGAGAGAGGAGUAUAUUCGAGCGAGGUUGCCUAAGAGCGGGCGAGGAGUGGCUAGAAUUGAACCUCGUGCCCGUCGCUGGUACCGUGGUCAGCACCAUGGUUCUACAGAACUUUGAGGUCGCCAAAGUGAUUUACGAAAAAGGUUGCAUACAGGCCGGCGAGGAGUGGAUAGAACGAAAUCUCCUCGCGAUUGCCAGCGGUGCGGUUGGCACAGCAUUCACUCAGAUUCUGGGAAUCUGCUUCGCGCAGAAUCUGCGCGCGGAUAUAUUCGCGCAAAAGGCGAAGUGGCAUUGACAAUCGCGUGCCCCCACGGCAGUCUAGCAUCUUGUCUUUAUAGAUGCUAACCGGCUACGUUGAUCGAAUUACAAGGUCUCGACGUGGACCCGGAGCCCCGGCGAGCGGAUCGAUUGGGAUCUUUUCUCGGACGAAGAGGGGACGGACGCCUCGAAGGAUUUUCACGAUCGAGGCAACGCCGAUGACCGGAUUGCGAUUCUCCGACGAUAACCGGAUCCCCGAUCAGCGCUGCGUUUCGCACCGCUCGAAUCCUUCGACUUGUAAAUAUCCGAGGAACUUCGCAGUCGCGCGCGACGACCCCGUCCUGCUCCUUCCGUACCGUCCAAUCGAUUAAUCGUCUGAAUUGUCGAAUAAUGAGAGAAACUGAUUGUUUUCCAAGUUUAUUCUUAUCUAUCACACGCUAAUUAACAUCGCUCCUGAGUAGAUUUAUCGCAAAUGCAGAGCAAUCUCCGAAAGUAAUGAAGGCAUUUCUUCGAGAAAUCUACGCGUUAUUUAUUUAUGGCAUUGUAAUUUAAUUGCUUUAUACAAGAAUCAGGAUUGAGAAACGUAAAUUUUUACAUACCAAAUAUAUAUUACAGCAAGAUAAGAAUCAACACAGUUUACACAGAAAUAAAAAUUGGCAUUUUCUUGACUGUAAAUUUAAAUCAAUGAUACAUUUAAUCCCAAUCGGACUUCAAUUUCUGGCAAAUUAUAAUCCGAUGUUAGAACAGAAAGUUAAUAUUGUCGUGAAUAUUUCUAUGACUUAAGAUCAAUUUCUCUCGCUAUCAAACGACGUCGACGAGAAGACGCUGGUUGUCGCGACGCGACCGUUCAGCAAGAAGGUUUUUCGACAAGUGUAUCGCAGUAUAUCGUCGCGAAACGUCCGAUGUAACGUUUGUCUUCAUCGCCGAAGCGGAACGUAUUUACUUUUUUGCGAGGAAUCGUGCGCCAAAAUAUUUCUCCUAUGAAUUGCGAGAACCAGGCAUCCGCUUUCAAACGAUUGCUUCCAAAAUAUGUCACAUAAAUUUAAUAUCAAAGUUGAAUCGGUCGAAAAUGAUGAAUCAAUUUUUUCGAUGCGCUACUCCAGUCCGUAAAA